AUGGUCGAAUUGCUUACAUCAAAAUUAUAUAUGAAAAAAAUUCCAAUUGUUAUUGCCAGUGUAUUUGCACCUGCUCAACUAUCGGAAAGAUGUUCUUUUUUUAAAGACAUACGAGUCUAUAUCCCGUCAACUAAAUGGCUUAUUGUAGGUGGCGAUUUUAAUUGCGUACCCGAUAAUAUCCAAGAUAGAUUGCAACAUGGGAUUUUAACUGAUAAUCAAUCUUACCCAUUGUUACUACAAAAUAUGAUUAAUCCACUUCUUCUCGAUGAAAUAUUUCGUUCAAAACAUCCACUCGAAUUGAUCUAUUUUUCGGAUCUAAAAUUAUCAAAAAAAAAUACAACCGAAAUUUAUUAUUUACCCGUUGGUUUAUCUGAUCAUGAUUCGAUUGUUCUUAAAUUAAAUAUUCCAUCAAACAAUGAUAAAGAAUUUCAUCGAUGGAUAUGUAAUUCAAUGAUGAUAACAAGAAAUACAUUUACGGAACAAUUUCAAUUAAUCUGGAAUUAUAAUGAUGAAUGUCGAUAUGAAUUACGACAAUUACAAUGCGAAUAUCGAUUUCGUGCAACAAAUCCAACCGAAAAUGAUAUGAUCCAAUUAGAUAUUAUCCGUAAAGAAAUUUAUAAAAUUUUAGAAGAAAAAAUUUCUAAUAACGUACUCGAUCAACAAGAACAAGACGUAACAUCACUUAGUAUUUUGGCGAAGGCACGAAUUCCUCACGCAAAAUCAAAUAAAUCUAGAAUUAUCUUUCUUGAUCAUCCAGUGAAAGGUCGUGUCGAUUCCAACAUAGAUAUGAUUGAGACAGCAACAAACUUCUACGAACAAUUGUACGAUACCAAUCCAAUUGAUAGAAGUUGUUGGAACGAAUUAUUUGAUGAUAUUCCAUCCUUAAACAAAAUUGAUAGUGAUAAACUUGAAUGUGAUAUUACACUUACAGAAUGUAAUGAGGCUUUAAAGUCUAUGGCAAUGGGUCGAUCUCCUGGUACAGAUGGUAUUACAGUUGAGGUAUGGAAAAAUAUUUUUCCUAUAAUUGGUGAAUAUUAUGUUCGCAUGAUAAACACUGCUAAAUUAAAAGGACAUUUUCACGAAGGCUUUUUAAAUGCUCUAAGUACAUUACUGAAAAAGGAUGACAAUAACAAUGGAUCAUUGAAGAAUUACAGGCCAUUGUCAUUAAUGAAUAUUGACUAUAAAAUUCUAUCAAAAGUAUUAAGUAUACGAUUACGUAAAGUACUAGAUCAGAUUAUUCAUCUUGAUCAAUCAUAUGGAAUACCAGGUAGAACAAUCCAUGAUAAUGCACAUAUUAUUAGAUCAAUUAUCGAAUACUAUUCAAGACAUCGAGAUCCUAUUGCUAUUAUACAUUGGGACCAGGAAAAAGCCUUUGAUCGAAUAAAUCAUGUUUAUCUUUUAGAAACAUUGAAACGUUUAGGCUUUGGUUCUAAUUUUAUAAAUUGGAUCAAAUCAGGUAUACGACAAGGUUGUCCAUUAUCGGGUGGUUUGUUUGUGUUAUGCAUCGAACCAUUACUGCAUAAUAUAAGACGAAAUGCUCGUAUACCAGGUGUUCUACCUCCGGGUAGUCAAUUUCCAUCGGUCGUAAGAUCUAUUCUUAAUAAAGAUAAUGUGAAUGUUAAUAUUAAAUUAUCAGCUUACGCAGAUGAUGUUUGUACCAUUGCAUUUAAUGUAAAUGAUGAACGUGAAACUCAAGCCAUGUUUGAAUUAUAUAAUAAUGCAUCCGGUGGUAAAACUAAUAAAGAUAAAACAAUAAUAUUUUGGAUUAGUGAUUGGCUCGAUCCACCAAAUUUUAAAUCUAAAAUAGAACGUGAAUAUUGCAACUUCUUAGGUGUUCCAAUUGAUACGAAAGGUAAAAUGCCAAGCAUUGAAUUAGAUAAAAUGAUUUUAAACGUAAAGCAGCAGAUGGGAAUGUGGGCGACAAUAAAAUUAUCAUUAUUUGAACGUGCCACAGUAUUGAAAUCGUUUAUAUUAAGCCGACUUGUGUAUUGUUUUUCAUUAAUGCCAUUGCCAAAGAAAACAAUUGAAAAUCUACAAAAAGAUAUUAAUAAAUUUUUUUGGAACAACAAACAUCAAUCAAUCAAUUUUUAUACUUGCGUUGGUAAGAAAGGUAAUGGUGGUUUUGCUUUGUUACAUUUAAACUCAAUGAUUGCUUCUUAUCGUAUUAAAUGUGGUUUAAAAAUAAUUAGUACAACACCUAAAAUAUGGAAAUUUUAUGCAUAUCAACAUGUAGGUAUUCAGUUACGUACUUAUGCACCGUGGAUUUGGACAAAUUUAACACCACAUUUUAAUGAUGAAACGAAUUUCUUCGGUGAUGUUGCUUGCCGUACUGUUCAUUGGAUUAAGCAAGGUGGUAAAUUAUCAACUGAUGAUAGUGAACCGUCUGCUUAUUGGCAAUUAAUAAAUCGUUGUGUAUUUCGUCCACCAAUAUAUUGUCAACGUGUUCCACAUCUAAAAAGUAAUUCUGCUUUUUUUGAAAUUAUUCAUAAGAGCAAAUUACCAACAACAGUAACAUAA